AUGAUUCCCCCGCCUUACACCUCCCCUCCUUCUCAACAACAGCCCUCUCUUGUAUUUCCUCUCUUUUUCACCUCAAUAUGCACUGAAUACACAGCUACGCUCCUUCAAAACCAGACCAACAUGGCGCCGAAAUCGAAAUCCUCCUCCCGACCCCAUAGUACCUGCAUCUCUCGCGCUCCUUCGCCCGCAACUGUCUCCCUCGCUGUUUCCUCUGCGCUUCCUAUCUCAGACCCAGAACCCUCAGACCGCAAAGUCUACAUUCCGAUCUGCUUCUGUCUAAUCUCAUUUGCCGUUAUGAUAUUCAACUAA